UUCGGAAAUCUGUAUCUAUCUAUCAAACUUCCUCUAAGUGCUGUACUGAGGUCAUCAUAUCAUAUCUAUUACUCAUUCGUGUUCGCUAUUGGUCUUAGCAUUGCUACAACUCAAAGGAAUCUGUUAACUAAAGGAAAAAAGAAAGCAAUAUGGGAUCGUCUCCGGAGAUGCAACACCCCAGGAAAGCUUUUGGAUGGGCAGCAAGAGAUACAUCUGGUGUUCUAUCUCCCUUUAAGUUCUCAAGAAGGGAAACAGGAGCGACGGACGUAAGAUUCAAAGUGUUGUACUGUGGAGUGUGCCAUUCCGACAUUGCCGCGGCCAAAAAUGAAUUGGGGACUUCUGUCUAUCCUAUAGUACCUGGGUACGUUUGUGUUCAUACGGAUAAUGAGUGAUAUGAGUAUCUUAAUUGCGCUAGUAUAAUUAUGAAGUGCAUCUUCUACGUGUGCCUGGGAUAUGCUGCAGGCAUGAACUUGUUGGUGUUGUGACAGAAGUAGGGUGCAGAGUAAAGAAAUUCAAAGUCGGAGACAAGGUCGGUGUUGGUUACAUGGUGGAUUCUGAUCGAACUUGUGAUAAUUGUAUCCACCACCUUGAAAAUUACUGUCCCAAUCUGAUACAAACCUACAGUUCUAAGUACUACGACGGAACCAUGACAUACGGAGGUUACUCGAACAACAUGGUGACUGAUGAGCACUUCGUUGUUCGAAUCCCCGACAACUUACCUCUUGAUUGCGCUGCUCUGCUUCUAUGUGCCGGGAUUACAACAUACAGCCCCAUGAGAUAUUAUGGACUUGA